AUGAACGUCGGUACCCAUGUUAGUGAUGAUUGUGUAACAGAAUUCAAUAAACUCAAAUUGGGAAAGUAAUAUAGAUAUUUGACCUUUAAAUUAAACACCGAUACUAAUGAAAUUGUUGUCGAACACGUUGGUGCAAGGGAAAGUACUUAUGCUGAGUUUGUCGGUCAUCUACAAAAUGAAUCAAGAUAUGCUGUUUAUGAUUAUCAUGCCUAAACUGAUGAUGUUCCACCAAGACAAGUUGAGAAAUUAGUCUUCAUCUUCUGGUCUCCAGAUGCUAAUUAACCUGUUAAAUAAAAGAUGUCAUAUGCUGCAGGAAAGGAGGCCUUGAAGAAGAAAUUGAAUGGUUUAUCUAAAGAAAUCUAAGCUAAUGAUCCAAGUGAAGUAGAAGAAGCAGAAAUGCGUAAAUUGGUAUUGAAUUGAGAAUCAAUAAACAUUAAAUAUAUUUAAUAUUGUAUUCAACUUGACCACUCUCUA